AUGCCGAUAAAAUCGUUUUCUAUAAUCAAUAUUUGUAAAACCAAAGUUACAAAACAAAAUCUCAUAAAUGAUAUAAUCAAAGGUCUUAACUCGAAAGAAAAUGACGAGAAAGUAAUUCCUACAAUAAUUCUUUAUGACGACCGUGGUUUACAGCUUUUUGAUAAGAUAACCUACAUUGACGAAUAUUAUUUAACAAAUUGUGAGAUCGAUAUUUUGAAUAAAUAUGUUGAUCAACUUACCGAAUACAUUGCCUCUGGUAGUAGUUUAAUUGAACUUGGAGCCGGUCUGGAAAAGAAGAAGAAAAAUAUUACUUAUUAUGCUCUUGAUCUUAUGGAACAGGAGCUUAAUAAAUCUUUAGCAUCGUUGGGAUCUUUUUCAAAUAUUAAACUCGUUGGUCUUUGCGGCACUUACGAAGAUGGAAUAGAUUUUAUCGCAACUUUACCAAACGAUAAUCAAAAAACUAUCAUGUGGUUAGGCUCCUCAAUUGGAAAUUCAAGUAGAGACGAGGGUGCAAGCUUUAUCCAUCGUAUCCAAGAGAAAGCGAUGAAUCCUGGUGAUAUGUUUAUAAUUGGAAUCGAUAGGAGAAACCAUCCCGAAAAAAUUGCUACCGCUUACAACGAUCCUCAAGGCAUCACUGCUGAGUUUAUAAUGAAUGGAUUGGAUCAUCUAAAUGUUAUUUUAGAUCAGCAAUUUGUUAAUCGUAACGACUUUGAUUAUUUUGCAACCUAUAAUGAAGAUAAGGGCAGACAUGAAGCAUAUUAUCGGUCCAAGAAAGAUCAAGUGUUAGAAUUUUUGGUCCCUAAUGACAUCAAUAAAACAAAAACCCAAAUCAACUUGAGAGAAAAUGAACUUAUUCGAAUUGAAUACGCUUAUAAAUAUAAUAAAGCGGAAACUACAAAGCUUUUUUACGAAUCUCGUUUAGCUCAUGUGGAAAGUUGGACUGAUUCUGAUUCCCAAUAUGAUCUUCAUUUGAUUUAUAAACCUCCUUUCUUCUUUACUCGUACUCAAGAACCAAAAGGAUCUGUACCAACUGUCGAAGAAUGGAAAGAAGUUUGGAAAUCAUGGGAUACGGUAUCUUCGAGCAUGAUUCCAUUAGAUAAAAUGCAUUUGAAACCCAUUUACCUCCGGCAUCCCUUUAUUUUUUAUAUUGGUCAUAUUCCUUCAUUCCUCGAUAAUAAUUUGGCUAGAUAUUUUCAUGAAAAAUUUACUGAACCAGAAAGUUUUGCCACUAUCUUUGAACGAGGAAUUGAUCCUGACAUGGAUGAUCCGUCCAAGUGUAAUCCUCAUCCGCUUGUUCCUGAACAAUGGCCCAAACCUAGUUCAAUCUUCGAAUAUCAAAAUAAAGUUAGACAAAGACUUUUAAGUGUUUACGAUGCCUAUAAGGAUAAGCCAAUUCCACGUUCACUAGGUCGUGUCUUGUGGAUGACAUUUGAACAUGAAGCAAUGCACCUUGAAACAAUUUUUUAUAUGUUGGUGCAAUUCAAGGAUCUAUUACCUCCAAAAGGCGUUAUCAUCCCUAAGUUUCGUCCAGCCGUUACUAAAGCUCAAGAUGCAAAAUUACUAACAAUGCCGAGACAAACCAUUACUCUUGGUCAUGAUGAUAAUGAAGAUCUUGAUGACGCGGGCCAGUUAAACUUACCAUUUGGUUGGGAUAAUGAACGUCCUUCACGAAAAAUCACUGUACAAUCUUUUAAGAUUCAUUCACGUCCUGUAACUAAUAGAGAAUAUUUGGAUUUUAUGAAGACAACUGUAAAUCAGAAGUACCCAUUAUCUUGGGUUCCCGUAGAUCUUUCAUCAUUUGAAUAUAAAGUUCAGACCAUUUUUGGACCUGUUGAUAUGGACGUUGCAAUGAAUUGGCCAGUAUUGUUGAGUCAUGAACAAGCGAAAGGUUAUGCCGAGUGGACAAAGAUGCGUUUGCCCACUGAAGAAGAAUUACGUUGCUUUUAUGAUACUUAUUCUCAAAACCCUAACUUGGAUGCAAAUUUUGGAUUUGCCCAUUGGCACCCAACCGAUGUCCCGUUGGAUAAUUCCAUUCAUGGCAUAGGUAAUGCGUGGGCGUGGACAUCUACUGAAUUUCAAGAAUACCCUGGGUUUGUUAAAAGUAAAUUGUAUCCUGGAUAUUCUUCUGAUUUUUUUGAUGGCAAACAUAAUGUAAUUCUUGGUGGAUCAUG